AUGAGAAACAACACCUUACGUUUAAAAUCCCCCUUAAACCCUACUCACUCUUGGCCGUUCUACAAAACCCUCUCUCACAUUAACCUCUCAAGCUUUUCCUCUUUCUUCCUUCAUCUAUCAAACUGGUGAGCAUUAAUCUUUCAUGGAUUCAGAUUCUUUGGCUGCUCCUAAUACAACUAAAGCACCUAGAAAGGUGAGAUUUGCACCCAAAGGUCCUCCUCGUAGAGCGCAGAAAACCGUUCUGCCUAAACCAGAAAAUAUUGAAGCUGAUGUUGAUGCUGCUAAAGCGGAGGAAUUGAUGCAGCGGUUCAAUGAAGCUUCUAUGAAAGUUAAAUCUAAAGCUGAAAAGAAAGGACCUACUCAAGUUGCAUUUGGUUACGGAGGUUCAUAUUCAUUGAAAUCGUAUGGCCCUCUCAAGGGUCAUAAGGCUGCCGGCUCAAUGUCCGAUGGUGGUAUCGGUGGGCAGCGAGUACAGAAAGAAUACACCGAGCCAUGGGAUUAUUAUACCAACUAUCCUGUAACUCUUCCCGUGAGGCGGCCCUAUUCAGGAAAUCCAGAACUUCUUGACGAGGAAGAAUUUGGGGAAGCCUCACGUAGCUUGACUUACGAUGAGAAUUCCGUAAAACCUGCGAUGGCGCUUGGUCUAAUGGAGGAGAAUCUGGAGGAAAAGAUGUUCUUCGUUCAACUACCACCAACCAUGCCAAUGUUGAAGCAAUCGGUUAAAACAGAAGGCAGUGAGACGGCGACCAGUUCAAAGUCUUCAAAGGCUAAGGCCUGUAGUUUAAAUGAGUUACCUGGGGGCUUCAUGGGUAAAAUGUUAGUGUACAAGAGUGGUGCUAUUAAGCUGAAGCUUGGUGAAACCCUUUAUAAUGUUUCUCCAGGUAUGGAUUGCUCAUUUGCCCAGGAUGUCGUCGCAGUUAAUACAGAAGAGAAGUAUUGUUCUAACAUUGGGGAGCUAACUAAGCGUCUCAUUAUAACACCGGAUGUGGACUCAAUCUUGGAUUCUAUCUGAUUAUGUUGGUUUACUUGCUAUUUAUUAUGCUUUAGUUAUACAUAGAGCAAUUGGCUUUUCUUAUUUGAAGUUAACACAGCUUUCUGUCCCACAUAUGCACUUAGUUGGGCCUUUUCAAUGAUGAACAAUUAGCUCAAAUUAAUGAAAAUUCUUUAUUCUUUCACAAGACUGUUUUGAGGUUUUA